AUGGGCCGGAAAAAGAUUGACAUCGAAGAGAAUAAACGCCAGCAACAGCAAAGGAAUGAUCAAUUGAAGUUGCUUGAUCAAGAGUACUCAUUUAGAUACCUUUGUAAUGCCCAUACUCAUGUAAGGUGACUUUUUAAACUAUAUUGGCUUUUAGAAAUUGGUAUACCUUCUGGCUGUAGUCUGCAUUAUAUUUGACGUAAUGGAUGCCGCCAACCUCGUCUAUCACAAGAAAUAUGUAACCUUAUCGACUGUGGGAAUUAGGACCUUGUUUGAUAUCUUUCUACUGGUCGGCAACAGGACGUACCGAGAAUGGAUGUACAUUUUCUUCUUGUUCUCAAAGGUACGGUAUUUCUUUACAAAAAAACUUGUUCUUCAGGUAGUCCAAACGGCUAUGAUAGUUUUCUACAUGUUCUAUUUGGCUCUCACCUUAACUGAUGUCAUCAAACAUUCCGAACGUUUUGACAAAUACCUAGCUCAGGUUGAGAGGACCCCCGAUGCAGUUUCUGGUGCUUACAUAGCAUUAACAUUGCUUUUGACAUUACUGGCAGUUGUAAUUUAUUUGGUAGUACGAGAUUACUAUUAUGUGAAGAAAAAGAAGGAAAUCGUUGGCGAAUUCGAGGAAGAAUUGUGA